CUUGGGAAAAAGAAAGAGGGCAGGGUUUGCGACAUUUCGUAUCAUCCAGCAAUAGUAAAGGCGCUCAGGUUCAGGACUAUAGUAAAGGCGCUCAGGUUUAGGACCAUAGUGAAACCUCGCCGAACACCGCUACUAUACUCUGCAAGUGUAAUUUUGGAGAUCAUAUCUCUCGACAGGAGGGUCUCUCACAUUCCUCCCGAAUCUAUAAAGCCAAUAUCCCCACCCACUCACCUCUUCACCUUCUCUCCUAUCAUACUUGCAUCUCCUACGCCUAAUUUUGGCUAAUUCACACACACACACCUGACCGGCCACCAUGCUGCUCCCCCUCAUCCUCCACCACCGCCUCCUCCUACUCGCCGCCCUGACAGCCUUGACCCUCACAGCCCAUGCCGACGUCUCGGACUGCUUCUACCUAGCCGGGACGGCCGGCUCGCCCCCGACGAACCUGUACUUCAGCACCAUCUCGCAGCCCCCGGGCAGCAAGCUGUACCAGGGGACGUUCACGCGGUCUCUAGCGCAGGCGACGCUGUUCGGGAUCCCGAACCGCGCGACGGGGCGCCUGCGGGCGUACGCGACGGGGAACAACAUCAACGGGCGCACGGCGACGCUGCAGGCGGCGGGGCCCGCGAUCGUCUUCGACACCAAGACGGCGUACACGCUGGGCGGGCGGGCGCCGCUGCGGUGCGGGGUGGCGGGGCCGGCGAACGAGCUGGGGUGCGCGGCGGGGGACGGCGCAGGGGCGCGCGCGUUUCAGCUCUGCUCGUUGACAUGGGCCGUCGUAGGGAGGCCCGGGGCGCCGCUGAGCGCUGGGUGCCGGGCCCUCACCAUGACGGCGUUGGAGGCGUCGGGCUGCGGGAACUAUUCGAUCGGGGUCGACCCGUAG